UUAGGAAGAUACUUCUUUCUUUUUCUUCAUCUUCAUUUGUUUUUUUCUUCAUACAACAAAAAUGGAUGAUGGCAAGGUGAUUCUGUUGGAUUUCUAGUAACUUUUGUUUCUCUAUAAAGCCAUUUUAAAACUCACCACAUGCAUUAACUGUGUGAACACCCCAAGCCCAAUGGACCACAUACAUCAUUACUUAUACGUAACAAAUCGAAAAUGAAGGCAUCUACAACACUACUAUAUAUGGGAGACUAUGUACAAACCAUAAAACAAUCAAUAUUAAUUAGCAAUUGUGAAAAUUAAUAACUUCUUUCUUCUAAGCAUUUGCCUUGUCUAUUCACACAGCAAAAAUGGCUAACAAUGAGGUGAUUCUGUUGGAUUUCUGGCCUAGCAUGUUUGGCAUGAGGCUAAGGGUUGCACUUGCUGAAAAAGAGAUAAAAUAUGAGUACAAAGAAGAGGAGUUGCUGAAUACCAAAAGUCCUCUACUUUUGCAGAUGAACCCUGUCCACAAGAAAAUCCCAGUUUUGAUUCACAAUGGGAAGUCCAUAUGCGAGUCUAAUAUUGCAGUUGAGUACAUUGAUGAAGUGCGGAAGGACAAAGCCCCUUUUCUCCCUUGUGAUCCUUAUGAAAGAGCACAAGCUAGGUUCUGGGCUGACUACAUUGACAAGAAGCAUCUGGAUGUCAUCAUGUACUACUUGAGAAAGAAAUACAAGAACAAGAAUUUUCCAAGCAAGAGAUACACUACCAUAGAUUACUUUUUCAAAGUGUACAUCGAUAAGGCAUAUGUGAAUUACUAUGAUGAUGACGCUGGCAACGAGCUUGCCACACAAGAUGCAUCUGCAAAAACUGAUGAGGUUGCUGAUAUGGAGACGACAUUGAUUAACACCAUCAAGGGAUUCAGUCCACGUGCAGGUCAGCCUUGACAUUUAGUUGAUGAGAUCUUUGUCCCAAUUAACUGUGAUAGUGCCUUUCACUGGAUAUUGGUAGUCAUUGCAUCAAAGGAUCGAUGCAUUCGUGUGUAAGGUUCAAUGGCCUCUUCACGAAAAAGAACACAAACAAGUGAGAUUGAAAAGUUGGUUGUAAUGAUUCCUACUUUCUUUCAAUACAGUAACUUUUUUUUAGCAAAAGGUACCAACUAACUGGACUGCACUGACAUCCUACAAGGGAAAGACCGGACGUGAUCCAUUUCAAGUGAAAUACAUAUCUGAUAUAGCACAACAAGAAAGUGGAAGUUUGGAUUGUGGUGUAUUUGUAGCUGUAUAUGCCGAGUAUCUGAGCGAGGGAUUAGACAUUCCAUCUUCGAAAAUUGAUGCUCACUACCAUCGUCUGAGAUAUGUUAGUAUUUUGUGCAAGUACGGAUCUGUAAAAGCAGACAAUGGAUACUUUAGUGAGAAUUACGAUCCACCAAGGCCAAGGAUGAAGUUCACACCAAAAGAAACCGAUCGUGUUUUGCGUAUUCGGUAAUUGUUAAUUUUUGGCUAGUAGACUAUUAAAAAUAUUGUUGAUGAUAUAAACUUUGAUGAUGUUAGUAGUGUUUAGACAGGCAUACGUUAAAUUUUUUUAAUGAAUAAUUACUUCUAUUUUGCA